AUGGAGACUGAGAGUUGUUUGCCUUUCUCUUCGCAGACCAGCAGGAGGACGCCGGAGAACUCCCCGGGACUGGAACACGGCGGCUCCGGCUCCUUUCUCCCCUGCGAUGAGCUGCAGAAACCCUCGCACCUUCCUCCUCCUCCUCUCCCUCACCGCCUCAGCCUGCGCGGGGAUGUGUACGCCGCCGCCAUGGGGAGGUUUGGUGAUGCUGCGGCGGACUUUACGCACGGCGCUGCCCCGGCGAACCCGCCCGCCUCACCAUCCAAACACAGCAAGUUCUUGGACAGUAUAAACCAGGAUCAGAAGGGGAGCGGCAAGCCGGCGUUUUAUGAAAGCAGCUCAGAGGUCAGAGAGAAAGGAGCUCCAAAAGCCAUGGGCUAUCCUGGGAUUGGCACAGACUGUUGCGGCAAGCUGAAAGAGUCAGUCGGCGGUUUACAGGGGGACUCCAUCGCUGACUCCAUCGACUUAUCAGGCAAGAACAAGAAGCGACGCAACCGCACCACGUUCAGCACCUUUCAGCUGGAGGAGCUGGAGAAAGUGUUUCAGAAGACACACUACCCUGACGUGUACGCCCGGGAACAGCUGGCACUGAGGACCGAGCUCACUGAGGCUCGGGUUCAGGUUUGGUUCCAGAAUCGUAGAGCCAAGUGGAGGAAACGGGAACGCUAUGGGAAGAUCCACGAGGUGCGCAACCACUUUGCUGCUACAUAUGAUAUCUCUCUUCUCCCUCGCCAUGAUACAUACCAGAUGCAGGGAAACCUGUGGCCAGGGGCAGCCUCAGGGGGAGGCGGUGGUUCAGGUGCUGGUUGUGUCCUAGGAGCUGACUCCAUCCCCUCAUCCUGCAUGAGUCCUUACCCUCACCCCCACAGCAACCUGCAGGGCUUCAUGGGCAUGCCCACAUCCCCCAGCCACCCACACCACCACCACCACCACCACCACCCGUCCCACCAUCCGGGCAUCAAUGGCCUCUACUCGCUCCACGGCUUCCCCGGAGGCCUCGGGUCCCCUUCCAUCGAGGGGCCCGAGACUGAGUACAAGCCAACGGGCCUGGUGGCGCUGCGGAUGAAAGCCAAAGAGCCAGGCAGCAUCCUCUCCUGGCCUACAUGA